AUGUUAAUAUACCUUUCCUUCUUUGCUCUGGUGCUCCGUCAAGUGCUCUGCUCUUCUUGCAAUGUAUUAUACCAGUUGGAUGACAUGUCUUACUGUAGAAUGGACAAACCAUUUGAUGCCUAUAGAUAUUACGGAUGCUCCUGUUCCGGUAUGGCUCCAGAUAAGCCGAUUGAUGGGAUCGAUAAAUGCUGUCAAGAACACAACAAGUGCUAUGAUGGCCUCAUUAUCUCCAAAAGGUGUCAAAACUCAAAUUCUCCAUAUUUUUGCCUGUACAAAUGGGAAUGUUUUAAUUCGGAGCUAUCCUGUCAUAACGAAAACAAAUGCCUCCAAUCUGUAUGCCAAUGUGACGAGACAUUUAUCAAUUGCCUGGCAAAGUAUCCCUACCCAACGUUCACACGAAAAUGUCAGUAUUUUGAUGGAGAUCCGAUUUUGAAAAUCUUAACAACACCGAAAUCUGCUAUUUGA